UCCGGUCGCUCUUGGAUGACGUGCGAAUCUCCGCCAGCUGCCAGCAUGGAGGAGGCCGCGGCGGGAAGCGGCGGUGGUAGCAGCUCUGCCCGGGGACUGACUCUCGGGGAGCUGCUGGGGGACGAAUGUUAUGCUGAUUUUUUAAGAGAAGACUUUGAUGUAAAGACUUAUACUUCUCAAUCUAUUCAUCAAGCUGUGAUAGCUGAACAGUUAGCAAAACUUGCUCAAGGAAUCAGUCAACUGGAUAAAGAGCUUCACUUACAAGUAGUUGCAAGACAUGAGGACUUAUUGGCACAAGCAACUGGGAUUGGAUCUCUGGAAGGCUCUUAUUGCGCCCUACCUCGUCCUGAUUUUUCACACUUGCUGUCUGGUCAUCCUUCUGACCUUCAAGGAAAACACUGGUGUACUCUAAAUUGAGCAAGAGCUGAGAUAGUAAAAACUGGUGAUAUGACCAAGAGGAAGCUCGAGGAAUGACCCCAAAUGUGACUGUAGAGAAUCUAGGCAAACACUUGAACACAGCCUGACAAAGUGCGCCCUCCCCCCCCCCCUUAACAUCAUGUACUCCUGAGCAUCUAGUCAAGAUAAGUGACAACAACAGGUCUUGGCUGUGGCUUUGGAGCGACAAGUGAUGACGAUGAUGAUGAACUAAAGAAACAACUUUUUUUUCAGUACUAUUUAGUUUGAUUUCCUCCAAAGGGUUGGUGAGUGCCAUGCACUCUAUUGGGGUAACCACUGAGCAUUUCAGACCCUUGUACGAUGAUCCGAGCCCUGGUUUGAUCUCUAUCUGUAAGCAAAAAAAGUCAGAAUGUGCAACAUUUCAGAAAAGCUGUUUCUGAUGGGGUCUGCAUCUUGGGGGUCCCAAAUUUGAAUUCCUGACUGUAUCCUGUGCCUUCUUAAGGCACACCACAUUUCAAGGCAAUCCGAUUAACCAUA